CCAGAGGCAGAGCCGGGACCCCGCAGCCCAUGGAGCAGCUCUGCCCAUGGCUCACAAUGACUCUCACUCCUUCUUCAACCUGUCCCAGCUGGUGCUCUCUGCUGGCCAGAUCAAACCAUCGCCGGCGCUCAAGCAUUCAAAAAUCACCUACUUCGAAGUAGAGAUUGUUGAUGUGCAGAGCAAGAAGCAGAUCUGCAUUGUGGACAAGGUACCUCCGGCAUCUACCAUUCUUGAUGUGAAACACAAAUUCCACAAAGCAUGUCCCCAGUGGUACCCAUCCCGUGUUGGCCUGCAACUGGAACACAACGGGCCCUUUUUGAAGGAUUCCAUCAGCAUCCAAAGCCUUGCUGUCUCCUCCAUCAUUACACUGUAUUUCACAGACCUGGGUCAGCAGGUUGGUUGGACCACAUUUUUUCUAACAGAAUACACCGGGCCUCUUCUCAUAUAUCUGCUCUUCUACAUUCGCCUCUCGACUAUUUAUGAUCAUGUGGAAAGCAGGAAGAACUUCCGCCACCCAGUGGUUCACUUGGCCUGCUUCUGUCACUGUUUACACUACAUCAGGCAUCUUCUGGAGACAUUAUUUGUUCACAAGUUUUCGGAAGGGCACACUCCUCUGAAAAAUAUGAUAAAGGGCUGUGCCUUUUACUGGGGAUUCACAUCCUGGAUUGCAUACUACAUCAACCACCCACGGUACACGCCGCCAUCAUUUGGCCACAAACAAGUUUCUUAUGCUGCUCUUGCUUUUCUGAUGUGUGAAGCUGGAAAUCACUUUAUCAACGUAGCUUUAGCUCACCAAACCAAUUCAGGAAAUAGAACCUGCUUUCCAAGUCCAACCUACAACCCCUUCACAUGGCUCUUCCUGCUGGUAUCCUGUCCCAACUACACAUAUGAGGCUGGGUCUUGGAUUAGUUUCACGGUGAUGACACAAACUCUGCCAGUUGGCGUCUUUGCUUUCCUGAUGGUCAUCCAGAUGUCUCUGUGGGCCCAGAAGAAACACAAGCUGUAUCUGAAGAGAUUUUACCCAGAAGUGCGGAGAAAAGCAGCUAUGAUCCCCAUCAUCUUCUGAGAUUGCCACCAGAGUUAGAGCCUAAGUGAACACUUCAAGAGCCAACUCAGAGUAAAUGAGCCAUUUCAUUCAGGAACGAAGUGGAACAGAGGAAAAACUAUUGGAUAUCUUUUUCAGGAAAUUAACAGUUCAAGAUGAAGAGGUUUUAAUUAAAUGCAAAAAUUUAGCUCUUGAAUUCUUGGUUCCUGCUAAAAGAUAUGAUUUAAUUAGAUUUUCUGUAAUGGAGCUAAUUGAAAAGGGACAAGAAAAUUGCUUAUAUUGAAUGCUAGAUAUUUAGCUGGUGUAAAUGGGCACAGAUGCUGCUAAAAUAAUGAACACGACUCAUCUGCCACAUUCAGGUAUGGUAAUUUUAAGGUUCAGUGUUAGAGGUUGAGAGUCUUUGGAUUUUUUCAUCAUAAGAUGUUUCACAGCCUUAUUUUUAUUGAACUGCACAGAAAAAGCACAUUCUGCCUCAGCUCCUCUAAGGCAUCACAUCAAAGGAUGACCACUAUGCUGAGAACACUGUUUAGUCUAGCUUCACUAAGGUUUUUUUUUUUUUAAUCAAAUCUCAUAACAAAUUGUUUAAUACAAAUUGCCUUAAAUUGCUCACUGAAGAGGACUGUCUUUCUUUUAUUUUUAGGCAGGCAGAUCAGCCCCACAAUCCCACAAGGGGACUGCUUGUGACACCUUCCCAUCUUGUAACUAAUUUGGGGCAUAACCUUGGGUACAUCAUUGAGGCUCACUUCCUUUCUCACACUGAACAGUCUGGAAAUAGCAGAGAACCUUCUGCACUAACAAGUGUGUUCAGAUCCCCUUGUUCAGUGCUGACUGCACCCAGACACCAUUCACCUUUACUUGUAUGAAGCAGUGUGGAAUCCUUGGGCACAAGGUGAAACUGAGUGUGGCACAGGAAAGAGCUGCCAAAUGCAUUUCAGUCCAUAUCUGAUCUGCCUCAGGUGGACACUGCUGACAGCUUCAGCUCCCCUUUGCCUUGGCCAGACUCUAUCUGCUACUUUGCUUUCCAGGACAUUAUUUUUUAAGGGAUUCUCCGGGCUUGUUGUUCAAGCCCUGGAAAUACUGAGUAGCUUUCUUUGCAAAUCAGUGGCACCCAUGUCAUGCAGGAGCACAAUUUCAGUAAGGCAGAGUAAAAGAACCAGAACUGUUUCAGCAGGUGUCAGGAUAUGAAGAGUUAGGGCAUU